CUUUUCAGUUAUCCGUUUUGGCCGCAGCAGUAGACUUCCAUGAACCUGGAAAAACUCAAAAUUGUGUAAACUUAAAAAAUCAUUAGUUGUUCCGAGGACAUUCCCGUCUUCCUUUGGUAAUCAUCUAUCUACACCAUGCAUUUGAUGUGCGAGCGAUUGUCUGCGGUUUUUGCGGGCGUCUUAGUGGGUUUGUGGUACGGUAAGACCUUUUCCGAGGAGGAAAAGCCCAAGGAGAAGGGCAAGAAGAAGUAGACCUACACUCGCAGGUCUUGCAGAAAUCAGAAAUAAGAAGGCUCGAAUUUCUUAGUAGUCGAGUCGGAAAACUUCAAGCCAGUUCAACGUCCUGUCAACGCGGCAGCCCUGACAUAGCUCAGUGUUUAUUUGGCUUUACAACCAGUAUAUCAGACUUUCGACGUACACAAAAUUUAUACCGUGUUUGGUUUCUAUC